CAAACAUGUAUAUAACCCGCAUACCCCAGAUCACACAGCACAGCCCACAAAGUUAAACCCAGAGAACUCCCAGAGCCAAACCACCCACAAACAAACAAUUUGAACCACCACAAUGGACACUUUCCUCCCACCGACGCCCCCACCUACCGCAACCGCGCGCCGCAUCGACUUCACACAAACCACGCCACCCCUCCCCAAAUACCGCCACCUCUUCGCAGCUAUAAUCGACAACGUCUUCACAGAAGACGAAUGCGCGGAGCUAAUCCGCCUCGCCGAGUCCAGCACAGUCACACCCGCCACCCCGACGCCGACCUGGGAUCGCGCAAUGGUCAACAUAGGCAACGGCGAACAGAUCCUAGCCCCACAAACCCGCAACUGCAGCCGCAUCAUCCUCGACGCACCAGAUCUAGCGACGAAGCUUCUGGACCGCCUACUCCCGUUCUUCCAGCGAGACGACUUCAGGCUGGACGUGCUGGACAAGCAAGCGUGGCGCGUCACGCUGCAGACCCGGAAGUCCUACAAGCUAACCCGACUCAACGAGCGGCUGCGGUUCCUCCGCUACGAGGGCGGGGAGUUUUUCCGUCCGCACUGGGAUGGGUGGUAUACGACGCCGGAUCGGCGGGAGCGGUCGUUCUACACGAUUCAUUUGUAUUUGAAUGGGGAGGGGGAGCAGGACCCUGUGGAGGUGCGGCGGGCGAGGGAUGGGAAGAUGAGGUCGUUCGGGGUUGGGAAGGCAGGGUCGUUGUUGGGCGGUGCAACUUCGUUUGUUGGACGGUUGGAGGUCGGCGAGGGCGAUGAGCAUCAGACCGUCAGGGUGUGUCCGCGGGUUGGCUCCGUGUUGGUCUUUCAGCAGAAUGAUCUGUUGCAUGCCGGGGAGCCGGUGUAUAGGGGGGUCAAGUAUACGAUGCGGACGGAUGUGAUGUACGAGGAGGCUCUUGAGGAAGAGGAGAAGGAGGAGGAGGGUCUAUGUUGAUGGUUUGUUGUUUGCUUCAUGCCGUAGAGACAGUACGAGUACUGUAGGGCUGGCUGCGAUAACUAAGGCGCACGCAAGAAUACAAGUAGUAGAUAGACAUGUGGUACGAUGAAAAAAAGUUACAGCCGGCAAUAAGCGAG